ACUUAGAUAGAAUCAGUAUUAUAAUUGAUAACAACAAAAACAAAAUGUUUUUAUUAAUCUCUACCUUAAUGUUUGUUAUAAUGAAUGAGAUUAGUAGUGUAAAGUGUGAAGAAUAUACUAAAAUGUCCAUCUUAAAUACGGACCCACCUGACUGUCAUUUUCUUUGUGAACUUUGUACUUCAACAGUAAAUGCUACUAAGUACAUAUUGGACAAUGAACCAUUUAUACCUAAAAUACUUAAGAAUUUUAUGCCAAUUUGUUAUAUGUUACCAAAGUUACAAUAUCGAAAAAUUUGUUAUCAUCUUGUAGACGGUGGUGCAGUUGAUAUAAUUCAUGAAUUGGUGAAUAAAAUUGAUGAAAACAAUUUUUGUUUUACCAGAGAUGUAGGUAAUGUUCCGUAUUUGUCAAUUAUUUGGAGUUUUAAUUCAUUGAGUCGCAAGUUGGAAGAUUAAUCCGGUUUAGGAAUCCGGGCGCCAAACAUUUGUGGUAUGUUUUUCCUACCUUGACGUGGUGGUCGGGCUUGCUUAUCUUGAUGAACCAAUCGAGCUAUACUGGCUAGAACAAUUGUUUCUCAACGUUCUACCAUGCCAGAUAGGUCGGUUGAAAAACGGUAAAAUUAAAAGCAAUAGACCAAAGGUCCUAAAGCAAAGUCGUACUGCUGACUGCACAGAGGUGUGACGGCAGUAAGGUGUUUCCUUCAAACAACCAGCAUAACAGCGAUGCUACCUUUCCACAAGGAGGAGUGGUGUUAGAAAAGGUCGACCCUAAAAAUGCACAUCUCGCGUUAUCCCACGGAUAUCCGUCUCCGACGGUGAGGUCCCAACAAGUAUGGAGCUAACACGUAAAUUACUC